AUGGACGACGAUGUGGUGGUCCUCACGUGUGACCAGGACUGCCCCAUCAUGCUGCUUCAAGCUCUCCUGCAAACUCUGCUGGUCUUCUGGAUGGCUCAGGAAACUCUGCAAGGCGGGGUUAAACCUCAGAGUGUAGCCUAUGGAAGGAUGCUCCAAACCAGAGGUGUUGGUGUUGGAGUAAAACCUGGAGGCGCCCUGGGAGCACUGGGGAGUCGCUACGGCUCUAAAGCAAUGAAGACUGGAAUUGGUCGUUAUCCUGGGGCUCACCUGGGUGUCGGAGGGUACAGAUCUCUGGGAUUAGGAGGGAAAACAGGCCUGAAACAAGGUGGCUAUGGAGCCCAGGGCGCCUACGGGGCCAGUUUGGGCACAGGCAUGUCAAUGGGGCCUGGACUUACAAAUGGUCUGGGACUGGGCUAUGGCCAGGCGGGGAAACGUGUUUAUGGUGGCCACGGCCCUCUUCCUGGAUAUGGACCUCUGGGGGGCAUUGGCUAUACUGGAGCACGACCUGGUUACAUUGGUGGAGCAGGAAACUACCCUGGAGUUGGCCUGGGCACUGGGGGCUAUGGAGCGGGUCUGGGUCAGGGCGCAUACCUGGGGGGUGCAGCUGGAAAACUUGCAGCUGGAGCGGCUCUUGGACAGGGUGGAUAUCCUCUGGGAGGUGCAGGGAAAACAAACGGGUAUGGUGAAGGAGCCGCGGGACACCUUGGUACCAUGGCGGGUAACGGCUUCGGUUAUGGGAACGGAUACGGUGACGGUUAUGGAGCC